AUGUCUGAUACCGAGAUCAACUUUCCCCCACCAGGUUUUGAGCAAGAGGUUGUGUACAAGGAGUGCAAGCGCAAUCACGCGGCAUCACUAAACUGUGUUUCCUAUGAUGGGUGCCAAGAGUUUCUCAAAGAAAAUGUUGAGAGUAACACCAGAGAUGCUAUGUUAUGUGCUGUUUGUGGGUGUCACCAAAAUUUUCAUGUGAAAAUUAGGGUGAAUGGAGAAACUAAACCUAAGAAGGAGAUGAUGUCGGUGACGCCGAAGAGGAAAAAGAGAACGGUUUUCACACCAAACUCGAAGAACCAGAUGAAAGAAUUUGCUGAAAGGAUAGGGUGGAAACUUACAGCGGCUAAAAAGGAGGAAAUUGAACAUCUUUGCUUGGAGAUUGGAAUAAGUCUCAAAACAUUCUCAGUGUGGUUGAACAAUCAUCGUCCUCGAGCGAUAAAAAUGGAAAAAAAAGUGAAUGGAAAAGCUAGGGGCAAUCGCCGUACAUCAUCCUUUCCAAUCGGCAUUUGA